AUGGCGACGACCACGGAAACAAUAUCGAUCCCCAACAGAGCCCUGGUCCUCGCAGGGUUGGACAAUCUCGAUGUGAAACCAUGGCCGUUGAUACUUCCUGCCUCGGAUGGGAAACCCGUUGUACCUGCGCACAAUGUAUUGGUUAGAGUUCGAGCAUCGGGGAUAUGUGGAAGUGAUAUUCACUUUUGGAAGGAAGGCCGAGCUGGUCCAGAUAUCAUCAAAGAGCCAUUCGUUAUCGGACAUGAGUGUGCUGGAGAGAUCUAUUUGGUUGGUGAUGGGGUGGAGUUGUACAAGGUGGGAGAUCGAGUUGCCAUCAAACCCGCCGCGCCAUGCUUGAAAUGUGACGAUUGCACCACAGGACAAUCCAAUCUCUGUCGAUUCAUCAAGUACUUUGGCGUUCCGGGGUCAGAUGGGUCUUGUUGCACGAUGAAAUUGGUGCCCGAAGAGCAGCUGGUGCGGUUGACACCAACAAUUUCGUGGACAGCGGCAGGUUUGAUACAGCCACUAGCAAUAGCGGUCCAGAUGUCGAGGCAGGCAGACCUUCGUGCACACCAAAACAUCAUGAUAUUUGGAGCGGGCUGUAUUGGCGUACAGUUGGGUGCCAUGGCCUAUGCGCAUGGCGCUAAGAGUGUGACGUUCCUUGAAAAACAACCUCAUCGAGCCGAAUUUGCAAAGCGGUUCACUGGGGGGAACGUCUUUGUGAACCCAGAGCGACUGUCAGGGGAGACUACAGAGCAAUACUCCCGCAGAGUUGCCAAAGACAUUCUGGACCAUACUCCGGGGCUCUAUCGUGGCUUUGACGUCUGUAUAGAAGCCACGGGGGCCGAAGAAUGCAUGCAAAUGGGAAUUACUGUCUGUCGACCCGGUGGCACCUAUGUUCAAGUAGGCAUAUAUGACGGAAGAACUCCUCAAAUUUCCAUGAUGGAUAUAUGCUCAAAACAGAUGACGGUCAAAGGGACUUGGAGAUACACCACCAAUUGCUUCGAGGAAGCAGUCAACCUCAUCGAUAAAGGGAUGGUAGAUGCGGAGAAGCUUGUCAGUCAUGUCUACGAGUUUGAAAGGGCACCUGCUGCUUUCGAAGCCGUUCACAAGUUACGCGACGUGAAUGGGAAGCCGCUGCUCAAGACAGUGAUUUUGCAUACAGAAUCGAAUUGA